GGCCAGCCGCACCACUAUUUCUGGUGACGCAGCCACUCGAGCAAAUGCACUCGAAGCUUUGCAGCAGAACACUUGGGUGCACCUUGCUUGUCAUGGCAAGCAGGACCGUACGCAGCCUUAUGAUUCGCAUUUCGUCAUGAGAGACGAACAUCUGACGCUGCUCGAUAUCAUGGAGAGAGACAUUCCGCACGCCGAGUUCGCGUUUUUGUCUGCGUGUCAUACCGCUGUAGGGGAUGAGGAGACGCCCGAUGAAGUGAUUCACCUCGCAGCUGGUCUGCAGUUUUCGGGGUUCAAGAGUGUCGUUGGCACGCUGUGGGAAGUCGACGAUUCUGUCGCAAAACACGUCGUUGAAGCUUUCUACAAGUAUAUGUUCAGAGAUUUGGAGAAUGGUAUCGUGGACUGUACGAAGGCGGCCUGGGCACUUAACUGUGCUACGCACGUCGUGAAGACGAAAGUGCCGCUGGAGCAGAGGAUGGUUUUUGUUCAUGUUGGUGUGUAGUU